AUGUCCAACUCGAAGACGGUCAAGAUCGGCGUCUUCGUGCCGACGGAGGUCCAGCUUCUAGACCUUGCCUGCAUCGACGUUUUCCACAUGAUGUCCAGGGAGUACCUCGGACUCGAGUCGAUGGAUUUCCUGCCCAGGCACGUGAGGGAACUCGCGCCCUCUGUGGAGAUUUCGUAUAUUACCUCCGUCGAGACGACGUCUUCCUCGCCCUCCGCGCUCGUACCGCUUACGUCGAACCUCAAGAUCGCCGCAAUGCACGAUAUGACACAUCCGGACGUCCAGCCGGGUAAGCUCGAUAUCCUCCUCGUCCCCGGCCCGGAUCCGUCUGCGAGCUGGGGGGAGGACGUGCUGGCGUUCUUGAGGGGCCAUGCGGCGCAGAAGGAGACGACGGAUGUGUUGUGCGUUUGUACGGGUAUCUUCUUGUGCGGUGCCGCGGGGGUUUUGGAAGGGAGGAGGGUCUGCGGGCCGAGGGGUUUGCAGGGCGUGUUGAGGAAGAAGUAUACGGGGACGGAGUUCGUCGGGGAGAGGUACCGUUGGGUUCAGGAUGGGAAUCUUUGGACGUGUGGCGGUGUCACGAACGGGAAUGACCUCGUCGCGGCAUAUGCGAGGGGGAACGGGAGGCAUUUCCCGGGACCGGUUGCUGAGAUUGCGUGCUCGAUGGCGGAUGUGGGUGAUCGCGGGCAGGUUUACGGGGAGGGGCAGAGUGUGUUCUUUCUGGGGGUUAUGUGGCAGGUUGUCAAGGCUUUGUUUGUGAGGCCUGGGAAGGCGAAGGUGGUUUGA